AUGAGCCCAAAAAAGCGCGAUGCCGGUGCAGAUUACCAAGCUGGACCUGUGGUGGUAACUUACGGUUCCAACAAGACCGACAACCAUCACUUAGAAGAAAAGUCGGCAGCGUCCGUAAGGGCGAUGGAUCAGAUGCUGGCUAUGCUCGGGGACCUAUCCGAUCGGAUGAAUCGAAUGGAGUUCGCCCGGACGGAACAAGCCAGCAAGGACCAAAAGGGGUCACCGGAGUCAAUUUUCGGCUCGGUGUUGGGAGUGGGAGCGGGGAUGAGCCUUUAG